AUGCCACCCCAGAAACGCCUGUUCGGCGAUCUUGGCAAUGAACCCUCGCCCUUCAAUUCCCCACAGAACGUGCACUCGUCUUCCUCCACACGGUACACGCACCCAACUUCGUCGCAGGGUUACGCGCAUUCUUCGCCGUCUCAGCAAUAUGCCCGCGCACCCAAGCAGCCGCGUACCGCACAGAAUGCGCAUCCGUCGCGUAUGAUCUCUGGUUCCUCCCAGCAUGAGCCUCUAGUCAUCGACAGUGACGACGACGACGACGCGUCGCAAGAAGUGCUCGACUCGACACAGGGCUAUAAUGAACAGCAGUACAGCUACGGUCUCUAUGGCAUGCUCCAGAACAAGAUUGUAGGCGUCAGAUACUACAAUGGCUACGCAACGGUCGGAGAGAUGGUCAUUUGCAGGCGCGAGCCUCACAAUCGGUACGACAGAAACGCAAUCCAGGUUCUGAACGUGCAGGGAGAGCAGAUUGGUCAUAUCCCAAAGACAUGGGCCUCAAAGCUGGCCAAGUACAUGGACAACCGCAGUCUCCUAGUGGAGGCGCAUAUCACCGGGCACAAGGGCGAAUUCGAUUGCCCUCUUGAGAUCAGACUAUAUGGCACGAAUGACCCAGUUGAGCGCGAGAAGCUGGUUGCUCAAAUGAGGGCUGACAAACUUCCUGUCGGGCAUGCUGCAGAUCGCAAACGCAAAGAGGCGGCAGCGCAGAAAGAAAGGCAGGCGCUGGCCAAGGAGGCUGCCAAAAGGGCAAAGAAGAAUGGGGGUACUGUUGUUGCUGUUGAUGGCGGCUACAAUUGGGAGAACAGCAUGAGCGAGUACAUGGCUGGCUCGUCACAGUCCGAUGGUAUGGGCCCAGGGCCGAGUCUGGAAGACAUCAUCGGAGGCAGUGAGCGCUUCAAUCCCAGGAAUUUCGAGAACGUGGUCGAAGAGUUCGGUGUCAAAGAACAGGACCUCGCCGCCAUGCCCAAGGCAACUCAGCCAGAGGCACUGCAGACCGAGAUGCACCCCUUCCAGCUUCAGGGACUGCAGUGGAUGUUGGACAAGGAAUCUCCACAACUACCAGCUCAAGGCACCAAGGACGUCGUUCAGCUCUGGCAGUGUCACUCUCGGAUGCCCAAUGCUUACACAAAUUUGGCAACGAACUACACAGUCACUAAUCCCGUUCUUGCAUCUGGAGGUAUUCUGGCGGACGACAUGGGACUAGGGAAGACUAUCCAAGUCAUUUCGCUCAUCGUGGCCGACAAAGCCCUCGGACGUCGUUCUCCCAGUGCAGCUGACGCGACACUCAUCCUUGCGCCAGUUUCCGUCAUGAGUAACUGGAGCACGCAAAUGAAGAGGCACAUCAAACCAGAAUACGCCCUCCGUAUCAUGUUCUGGCAUGGUACGCGCAAGGAGCCUAUCACACCCAAGCAAAUCGAGAACUACGAUGUAGUCAUCAGCACAUACGAAUCGGUGUCGUCAGAUUGGUAUUCGCAGAAGAGUACUGCGCUACCAAGGAAGUCAGGUCCUUUCUCUAUCACUUGGAGGCGGGUCAUUCUCGAUGAAGGCCAUAACAUUCGCAACCCCAAAGCCAAGAAGACUAUCGCCAUUAGCAAUCUUCUGGCUCAAUCACGCUGGUCCUUGACAGGCACUCCGAUUAUCAACAAUCUCAAAGAUCUCUAUAGUCAACUCCGCUUUCUGCGCCUCUCGGGAGGGCUUGAUUCAUUCGAGAUUUUCCACGGUGCUAUCUCACGUCCUGUGUUGGCCGGUGAUCCGCAAGGAAACAAGGCACUACAGUUGCUCAUGGGCGGCAUUUGUUUGCGACGCAAGAAAGAGAUGCCGUUCAUCGACCUGCGUCUCCCUGAGCUGUCCGAGUAUGUCCAUAAGUUCAAGCUUCACCCCCAUGAACAGGAGAAGUAUGAUGCCCUCGAAGCCCAGGCCAAGGGCACACUAGACAUCUACAAGAGCAACAUUGGCAACCAAAAGGCUUUUGACACUUACCGCCAUCUCCUCGAAGUCCUCUUACGAAUGCGCCAGCUCUGCAACCACUGGCAGCUUGUUGGUGAAGAGCGGCUCGAGUCGAUCAUGAAGCAGCUUGAGGCCGAGGGCGUCGUCGACCUCACCGCUGAGAACAAAGAAGCUCUGCAGAAGAUGCUUCAGCUCUCCAUCGAUUCCCAGGAAGACUGCCCGAUCUGUUUCGACACAUACAAAGACCCGGUGAUUACGAAAUGCGCUCACACAUUUUGCACACCCUGUUUAGAACGUGUCAUCGAACUGCAGGGCAAAUGUCCCAUGUGCCGCGCCGAGCUCGAAUCCUUCGGCUCUACAACCGUCAAGCCCGCUGCCGAGACAUCUGUAAAGCACGAGCACACCGCCGUAUCCGAGGCAGACAAGGCGUCUCUGGAGAAGAACACGUCCAGCAAAGUCGAGCAACUCCUGCAAAUCCUCGCCGCUAGCGCCAAAGACAAAACGAACAAGACGAUCAUCUUCAGUCAAUGGAUCUCGUUCCUCGAUCUUAUCCAAGUGCACUUGGCGGCGGCAGGCUACAAAUACACACGCAUCGAUGGCUCCAUGAGCGCCGUUACACGCGAUGCGGCUCUCGAAGCACUCGACUCCGACCCAGACACGACCAUCAUGCUGGCAUCUCUCUCUGUCUGCUCAGUCGGCCUGAAUCUCGUCGCCGCCAACCAGGUCAUCAUGGCGGACAGCUGGUGGGCGCCUGCCAUCGAGGAUCAAGCUGUGGACCGCGUCCACCGUCUGGGACAGAAGCGCGAGACUACUGUCUUCCGGCUUGUUGUCGAGGACAGCGUUGAGGAGAGAGUGCUGGGCAUCCAGAGCGACAAGAGAAGACUUAUGGCAAUGGCGUUUGCGGAGAAAGAAGGAGGGAAGAAAAAGAAUGUCCGAAGCGGAGGUCUGAGUGAUUUGACGAGACUGCUUGGUCAGAGUGAGGGGAGUGGGAGUGCUGGUGCACUUGCAACCGAAAGUGCAAAUGGAAGUGGUGGCGGCAGUGGCAGCGGCAGAAGUGGUGGCGGACGCGCACGCAAGAAGUGA